CGCGCCCGUAGUGUGCAUCAUUGCACCUGCUCUUUAAUAUUUUUGUUUUGAUAUUUUCUGGCACACGUUUCUAAUCCCCUAAACAAACAAAAAAACACUCUGUUAGUUUGUCUUCUUAAUUUACUCGUUAGAACUUGAAGACUUAAGUUAAUUAACCUGAGCUUCAGAAAAUUCCACCAACUUGACCAUCCCCAAUGGCGGCGAACCGAGUGGGGCGGCGGGUCAACAAGGUGUGCAACCACCAGUCACCCAACCGGACCCGCGGCGGCGGAGAGCGUGAGGCGGGCGGCCACAGUCUGCAGCGGCGCCAGGCUCGAGUCACCGUCAAGUACAACCGCAAGGAGCUCCAGAGGAGGUUGGACGUGGAGAAGUGGAUAGACUGCGGCCUGGACGAGCUCUACGCGGGCAGGGAGGAGGACAUGCCAGAGGAGGUGAACAUUGACGAUCUACUAGACUUGAAGACAGAUGCUGAGAGGAGGCAACGACUGCAGGAGAUUCUUCAGUCUUGCAACAACAACACAGAGGCGUUUAUCAGCGACCUGGUGGCCAAACUUCACGGCCUCCAGAAGCAGGAGGAGCUGCACAACGAUGGUAUCGACCUACCGCAGCUACACAUAUACCCCGCCCGGACCGGAUCGGGUGACAGGGAGGUGCUGCACUGAGGCAGUGAGCAAACCGCUUAAGUUAACCCUGGGACCUGGACUGUAAAACAAGCACACCCGAAGCCCGCACACACCCACAUCCCAGUGUUUUGAGUCUGAACAUCCAACAAAACAAAUGCUCCCUCAAAAUACAGUGGUAUGAAAAAGUAUCUGAACCUUUUGGAAUUUGUCACAUUUCUGCAUAAAAUCCCCAUCAAAUGUGAUCUGAUC